CCGGCAUCUCAUUAAGGCAGUGUGUUCCUCUCGCCCUGUCAAUAAUCUCCGCUCCCAGACUACUCCGUUCCUCCGGAUUUCGAUCCCCCUUUUUCUAUCUGUCAAUCAGCGCCGCCUUUGAACUGAAAAGCUCUCAGUCUAACUUCAACUCACUCAAAUCCGAGCGGCACGAGCACCUCCUGUAUCUUCGGCUUCCCCCCCCUUUGCUCUUUAUAUCUGACUUCUUGUUGUUGUUUUUUUUUUUUUACCCCCCUUUUUUAUUUAUUAUUUUUUGCACAUUGAUCGGAUCCUUGGGAACGAGAGAAAAAAGAAACCCAAACUCACGCGUGCAGAAGAUCUCCCCCCCCUUCCCCUCCCCUCCUCCCUCUUUUCCCCUCCCCAGGAGAAAAAGACCCCCAAGCAGAAAAAAAGUUCACCUUGGACUCGUCUUUUUCUUGCAAUAUUUUUUUUGGGGGGCAAAACUUUUUGGGGGUGAUUUUUUUUUUUUGGCUUUUCUUCCUCCUUCAUUUUUCUUCCAAAAUUGCUGCUGGUGGGUGAAAAAAAAUGCCGCAGCUGAACGGCGGUGGAGGGGAUGACCUAGGCGCCAACGACGAACUGAUUUCCUUCAAAGACGAGGGCGAACAGGAGGAGAAGAGCUCCGAAAACUCCUCGGCAGAGAGGGAUUUAGCUGAUGUCAAAUCGUCUCUAGUCAAUGAAUCAGAAACGAAUCAAAACAGCUCCUCCGAUUCCGAGGCGGAAAGACGGCCUCCGCCUCGCUCCGAAAGUUUCCGAGAUAAAUCCCGGGAAAGUUUGGAAGAAGCGGCCAAGAGGCAAGAUGGAGGGCUCUUUAAGGGGCCACCGUAUCCCGGCUACCCCUUCAUCAUGAUCCCCGACCUGACGAGCCCCUACCUCCCCAACGGAUCGCUCUCGCCCACCGCCCGAACCCUCCAUUUUCAGUCCGGCAGCACACAUUACUCUGCGUACAAAACGAUUGAACACCAGAUUGCAGUUCAGUAUCUCCAGAUGAAAUGGCCACUGCUUGAUGUCCAGGCAGGGAGCCUGCAGAGUAGACAAGCUCUCAAGGAUGCUCGGUCCCCAUCGCCGGCACACAUUGUCCAGAGCCCCCUCCCUUGCUGCACUCAGGGACAUGACUGUCAGCACUUCUACCCCCCCUCAGACUUCACUGUCAGCACUCAAGUCUUCAGGGACAUGAAAAGGAGCCACUCCUUACAAAAAGUUGGGGAGCCCUGGUGUAUUGAGUCGAACAAAGUGCCAGUGGUGCAGCACCCUCACCAUGUCCACCCCCUCACGCCUCUUAUCACCUACAGCAAUGAACACUUCACGCCGGGAAACCCACCUCCACACUUACCAGCCGACGUAGACCCCAAAACAGGAAUCCCACGGCCUCCGCACCCUCCAGAUAUAUCCCCGUAUUACCCGCUAUCGCCUGGCACCGUAGGACAAAUCCCCCAUCCGCUAGGAUGGUUAGUACCACAGCAAGGUCAACCAGUGUACCCAAUCACGACAGGAGGAUUCAGACACCCCUACCCCACAGCUCUGACUGUCAAUGCUUCCAUGUCCAGCUUUCUGUCUUCUAGGUUCCCUCCCCAUAUGGUCCCACCACAUCAUACGCUACACACGACGGGCAUUCCGCAUCCGGCCAUAGUCACACCAACAGUCAAACAGGAAUCGUCCCAGAGUGACGUCGGCUCACUCCAUAGCUCAAAGCAUCAGGACUCCAAAAAGGAAGAAGAAAAGAAGAAGCCCCACAUAAAGAAACCUCUUAAUGCAUUCAUGUUGUAUAUGAAGGAAAUGAGAGCAAAGGUCGUAGCUGAGUGCACGUUGAAAGAAAGCGCGGCCAUCAACCAGAUCCUUGGGCGGAGGUGGCACGCACUGUCCAGAGAAGAGCAAGCGAAAUACUAUGAGCUGGCCCGGAAGGAGCGACAGCUUCAUAUGCAGCUGUACCCCGGCUGGUCCGCGCGGGAUAACUAUGGAAAGAAGAAGAAGAGGAAAAGGGACAAGCAGCCGGGAGAGACCAAUGAACACAGCGAAUGUUUCCUAAAUCCUUGCCUUUCACUUCCUCCGAUUACAGACCUGAGCGCUCCUAAGAAAUGCCGAGCGCGCUUUGGCCUUGAUCAACAGAAUAACUGGUGCGGCCCUUGCAGAUGCAAAUACUCCAAAGAAGUGUCGGGCACUGUUCGGGCUUGACCGACAGACUUUAUGGUGCAAACCGUGCAGGAGAAAAAAAAAGUGCGUUCGCUACAUACAAGGUGAAGGCAGCUGCCUCAGCCCACCCUCUUCAGAUGGAAGCUUACUAGAUUCGCCUCCCCCCUCCCCCAACCUGCUAGGCUCCCCUCCCCGAGACGCCAAGUCACAGACUGAGCAGACCCAGCCUCUGUCGCUGUCCCUGAAGCCCGACCCCCUGGCCCACCUGUCCAUGAUGCCUCCGCCGCCCGCCCUCCUGCUCGCCGAGGCCACCCACAAGGCCUCCGCCCUCUGUCCCAACGGGGCCCUGGACCUGCCCCCAACCGCUUUGCAGCCUGCCGCCCCCUCCUCAUCAGUUGCACAGCCGUCGACUUCUUCCUUACAUUCCCACAGCUCCCUGGCCGGGACCCAGCCCCAGCCGCUGUCGCUCGUCACCAAGUCUUUAGAAUAGCUUUAGCGUCGUGAACCCCAGUCGCUUUGUUUAUGGUUUUGUUUCACUUUUCUUUAUUUGGCCCCCCUCCCCCCCACCUUGAAAGGUUUUGUUUUGUACUCUCUUAAUUUUGUGCCACGUGGCUACAUUAGUUGAUGUUUAUCGAGUUCAUUGGUCAAUAUUUGACCCAUUCUUAUUUCAAUUUCUCCUUUUAAAUAUGUAGAUGAGAGAAGAACCUCAUGAUUCUACCAAAAUUUUUAUCAACAGCUGUUUAAAGUCUUUGUAGCGUUUAAAAAAUAUAUAUAUAUACAUAACUGUUAUGUAGUUCGGAUAGCUUAGUUUUAAAAGACUGAUUAAAAAACAAAAAGAAAAAAAAAGAAGCAAUUUUGAAGCAGCCCUCCAGAAGGAGUUGGUUCUGUAUUAUUUGUAUUAAAUACGAGCUUGCGAACCAAUCAUUUUACAUCUGGUUUUUAAACCGUAAGGGCACCACGAAUGCAGUGCCAUUACUUUUUUGUUUUUUUUUCUGUGUGAACUUUUAUUGUGAUGUUACUUGUUAUUGUUUAAAUGUACAGAAACAAAGGGUAAAAAUGUGUUAAUAUACCUUGUUCCAUGGUGGUGUUCUUUUGGGGGGAGGGGAUGCUACUCAACACUUAAUAGAAUCACAAUGCUGUUGGGCCAGUAGUAUUUAUUGCUUUAGAGAUUGCUUGUCGUACCUGUAUGUCGUCCCUUUUAAAAUAUGUUUUCCUUUUUCUUGAAACUGUAUAAAGUUUUUUUUCCCCCUUAGCAUAAGCAUCUUAUAUAUAACAACUCAUUUGUACAAGGUUUUUAAGUUUAUAUAUAAAAUGUGUAUAUAUAUUUUUGUUUCCCUUUUUGACUUUUUUUUUUUUUUUUUUUUUGCUGUAUGAAACCCAGUUGUCACCAAAUGGACAUUAAUAGUUGCAUUAAGGAUCAGUAGCAUUAACAAAAGUUGCUUUAAAAGCCAUUAUGUAAAACAAGACUUGAAAAUGAGUGAGGGAAUUUUAGCGACACUGUCUGAGCAGCAGUGGGAACCAUCUUUUUCCCCUUUGAACUCCCAGUGGGAUGCCCUACCCUGCGCCCUUAGGGCCUGGACUGACCGUGUGCAGAACUUUACGUGCCAAAAUUCUCAGUGAAUUUAGCUUUCUCCCUCUUUUUGAUGCUGUAAUUUUUGUUCAUCAUGUUUUGCUGUGAUGUUACAUAGGUAGAUUUGUAUGUAGUUUUAAUGUCACCUAUAACAAAAUGUGUUUGGUAGCAGAUUGUCCAGAAAGCAUUUUAAAUGAAGAGGUAUAAACCCUUAAGGGCCAAAAUUCUGUAUAUUAGAUUACUCUUACACGAAAAACCGGCUGCCGCUUUUAUGUACACAUAUUACAUACGAGUAGGCAGCAGACUUUAAAACUAAAAAAAAUCUAGGCAUGUUGAUGUUGCAGACUGCUGUAUAAAGCUGAAACCUGUUCAUUCAGUGCCAUUGUAGUUGACAUGAAGCGAUUGUAAACCUGUCUCCGAUUUUUCUCUGGUUUAUUAAAAUGCUAACUAUAACAUUUUUUGUGAAUACUUUGAAUGUUUCCUAACAGUUGUGAUGUUACUGUUCCGUUUUAUGCUCUUAUUCCAAGUUCAUUUUUAAUGGUUUGGAAGCCAUUUUUGUAAUGAAUAAAUGUUCAUGCUGUACAGUAUCUGUAGCAUGCCGUUCUGGAUUAAUAAAAGCAACUUAGUCUGUGCAGAUAAA